AUGGCUUUGAAGCGCAUUAACAAGGAAUUGAUUGACCUCGGGCGUGAUCCGCCCUCAUCCUGCAGUGCAGGUCCGACAGGCGACAACAUGUUCCAGUGGCAAGCGACGAUCAUGGGACCCGGAGAUUCGCCCUAUGCGGGCGGUGUUUUCUUCCUUUCCAUCACAUUCCCCACCGAUUACCCCUUCAAGCCUCCUAAGGUCAGCUUUACGACGAAGAUUUACCACCCGAACAUCAAUGCGAAUGGCUCGAUCUGUCUUGAUAUAUUACGUGAUCAAUGGAGUCCGGCAUUGACGAUCUCGAAAGUGCUGCUUUCCAUAUGUUCGAUGCUGACAGAUCCCAACCCCGACGACCCCCUCGUCCCUGAUAUCGCGCAUCUGUACAAGACAGACCGUGCUCGCUAUGAGGCAACCGCGCGGGAGUGGACAAGGAAGUACGUCCCAGGUGUUAUUGUCAUCGUGUUUAUAAAGCUUACGAUAUCAAACCAGUGGCGGAAGUUCUUGCUCUCCAACCAUCACUUUGUCUCUCUCUGCCCUCCUAAACUUGCUCUAUUGGUCUCAAGCAGCAUGAAGUUCGCUUUCACUCUUUUCGCCGCCGUGCUGUCGCUGGGCGGAGCAUGGGCGUCGAACGUCGUCGAGCUCGACCCGGACAAUUUCGACUCAAUUAUUGGGCAGGGCAAGCCCGCGCUCGUUGAAUUCUUUGCUCCGUGGUGUGGACACUGCAAGAACCUCGCUCCAAUCUACGAACAACUUGCGGAUUCCUAUGCUUAUGCAAAGGACAAGGUCAUCAUUGCCAAAGUAGACGCAGACGGUGUUGGUCGGCCGUUGGGGACAAAGUUUGGAGUGACGGGCUUCCCCACGCUCAAAUGGUUUGGUCCUGAGGGAGGUGAGCCUGAGAAAUACGAGGGUGGCCGGGACCUGGACGCGCUCGCCAACUUCGUCACUUCAAAGUCGGGCGUAAAGUCUAGCAUCAAGCCACCCCCACCUCCCGCCUAUCAGAUUCUUGACAUUGGCACCUUCGAUGACGUUGUUCUGAACUCGGGCAAUGAUGCUAUUGUCGCAUUCACCGCCCCAUGGUGUGGACACUGCAAAAACUUGAAGCCGACUUGGGAUAGCGUUGCCAAGGACUUUGCGACUGAAUCCAAGUGUAUCAUCGCGAAUGUGGAUGCUGACGCUGCCCAUAAUAAGCCACUUGGUGAGAAGUACGGUGUAUCUAGCUACCCGACGAUCAAGUUCUUCCACGAUGGCAAGGCCGAGGACUACGAAGGUGCUCGUACAGAGAAGGCGUUCGUCGAGUUCCUCAACGAGAAGUGUGGCACACAACGCGCACCAGGCGGUGGCCUCACUGAGCUUGCUGGCCGUCUCCCUGAAUUCGACGACCUUGCCUCGCAGUUUUUCGCGGCAACGGGUGCGGCGCGGGACACGAUUUACAAAGAUGCCUCUGAGCUUGCUGCGUCUGCCGGCUCCAGCGCGAGUCACUACCUGCGCGUGAUGGAGAAGGUCGUGAAUGGAAGCGAGGAGUACAUCGAGAAGGAAUCGAAGCGCCUUGCAUCGAUCUUGAAAAAGCGUUCCCUGGCCCCGACGAAGCUGGACGAGAUGCAGAUCAAGGCGAACGUCUUGAACGCAUUCAGAAAGGCGGAGGAGGCCGUGGGACACAUCGCUGCAGAGCUGUAA